UGUAUACAUAACAGGUCUACCAGGCGUCUGCUAAAUGCUGAUGUGUUAUUUCUCAUUAAUUGUUCAGCUGUGCCACGAAUUAUUUAUUGUUUCUUGACUGCCAUUUACAGGGUUAUUUUUUGUUAACACUGUGAUUGUCUUGUUUUCACCGCCUGAGACGGUGUUUUGUUGAUGUCGGUGGAACUUUUUACAUCGUCUUUGUCGCACCUCUUCCACUACCGUCCGUUUCUCGUUGCACGCAUCGUCACGGCCAUGCUCAACAAGUUUAAAAACGCAUUCUUCUCCGUGGUGAAUAAUUUGGACACAACGUCACCAGACAAAAAUAAUGAUAUAGGUCCUAAUGGUGAACCAAAAUUACCCUUAAAAUUUCCGUACUCCAGACCACACUUCCUGCAGCUCAACGGUGAAGAUGAGAUCCAGGUGGCUGGAGAUCACGCUAUCAGACCCAUCAUUGUUCCAAGAGACAUUACGAAAAUCCCCUGGAAUUCUGGUUAUGCAGAGGCUGUCAAUGCCGGCAAGUCCUUAAGGAAUGAAGACCAGGCAAGAAUCCAUGUGGGCUACCUGGAAAGAAGACAUUCCGACAACGGUCACUCAGCUGAAACUACUGAAUUUCACACACCUCCCUCAACACCAGAGAAAGAUUCCACUACACAGAGACCACCAAGGCAAAGGAUACCUUAUGUUUAUUUUGCUCUUUUUGAUGGGCAUGCAGGAACUGGUGCUGCAAUUUCUGCAUCCAACGAACUUCAUUGCAUUAUUCACGAUAAAUUAAUGGAUGUGAUUCAUCAUUUGCUACCUCCUACGGACACAGGCGAGUGUGUCCAGAAUGGGCGCAAUCAAGUUCUGUGGUUUCCCGAAAGAGAGAUUAGCGUGGAAAGUUUCAUUGUAGGAGCAUUGGAAGCGACGUUCCACGAAAUGGACAACUUGAUCGCUGAAGACCGAUUCACAUAUCGCGUGACGGGCGGAUGUACGGUAGUAGUUUCGCUUUUCAUCUGUGGCAAACUAUUUGUGUCCAAUGCCGGAGACUCGAGAGCCGUUCUCUGCCGUGGUCGGAAAGCUUUUCCAUUAUCUAACGACUUCACUCCUGAAACGGAACGUCAGAGAAUCCGCAAAUUGGCCGCAUUGCAGCCAGAGUUACUUGGUGGUGAGUACACGGCGCUGGAUUUUUCCCGGCGUCCGAAUCGACGGGAUAUCGGUCAGCGGUUACUGUACCGCGAACCACACAUGACCGGCUGGGCUUACAAGACAGUUACACCAGAAGACCUCAAGUUUCCAGUCGUAUACGGAGAAGGCAAACGUAGCCGAGUCCUUGCCACCAUCGGAGUAACGCGAGGCUUCGGCGACCACGAUUUACGUGCCCCUAAUUCCAAUAUCCUCAUCAAGCCUUUCCUUUCGUCACAACCAGAGGUUCGCAUUGUGGACAUCGAAAAGGAAGCCAUUUACGAGACGGAUGUGUUGGUGAUGGGCACCGACGGUCUGUGGGACGUGACGAGCAACGAACGCGUUGCCGAAACGGUCCAGCGCAGUUUGGAGCAGUUCCCCAUCGAGGACAGUGCAAGGUAUCGAUACCGCUUCACUUCGGCUGCGCAGGAUCUGGUAAUGAGCUCUCGGGGUAAACUGAACGAGCGUAGUUGGCGAACGGCUGACGGUAAAUCGGCCACUAUCGACGACAUUUCCGUCUUUGUCAUCCCAUUGGCAGCCUACAAGGAAGAAUACUUACGCUGGAAAUUUGAAAUGGAAUCUCAGGCCCUGCGCCCGGAGACGAAGGCGGCGGACGUUCCGGUCAGUGAACCGGCCGCAUCUUUGCCGACGGUCAGCGUGGGCAACCAGCCGGGUCGAAUGACCGAGCUCGCCAAUACGAACGGUACACCGGCUGUAAAUGAAACUGCCCUAUCGGACCCGUCCCUCGACGCGGUCAAUGUCGAAAAGGGCGAGGGCAUCGUCGCCGUGGAAGACGAAGCUGCCGUCCUCACCACUGCCGACAGCGCGCCACCUCUGACCGAGGCUGUUGAUCCCCUGAAAAUUCCCGCCGACGGAGCGUCUGACCUAGAAAAUAACGAGUCAAAUUCAAAUAACGUGCUCAAUAGGGAACGUUUGGCGGUAGGCAUCUUCGACAGCGAGGGAACGGUGUUUGUGUGGUCACUAUUAGCAAGGGUAAAAUUUGAUUGAAUUCAAACUCAUUGUAUACUAUCUGGAUAGGAAAAAAAGUAAAAAAAAUGUGGUUUGUCAAAUGCACCUAAUAAUCCCUAUUGUUAUACUCCCCUUCCCCCAUCUCCUCAAUGUCUAUCUCUAUUACGGAAACUGUAAAACAAAACACAUUCAUACAACUGUGAGAAAGACGACAAAAAAAAAAAACAAACAAAA